UGGAAUUGUUUUCUGUUUUUUAAUAAAGUACUUUUUUGGAUUAUUCGUACAUUUUAUUACAGUACCAUAUAGAGUAAUUUAUGUACUGUACAGAAUAAUGUUCCGACUUACACUGAAAUUCGGGUGACACCGCGUCUCGAGAACGGAACAUCGUCGUAAGUCGAGGACUCCCUGUAUUCUUCUUGCUAUCAGGAUACUUUUUCUAUUAUGUUAUAUUUGUAUUGAUAUUGUAGAUUGUGCCAUUCCCAUAACAAUAUAUCUCGUUAAUUCUAUUUUUACUGAGCUUAUCUCAAUUUAUGGGUUACUGAAAAUCUGAUUUCAAUUUAAGGAUAAUUAUGUUCGAAGCAACUGGCGUGAUUAUCCUAUAUAAAAAAAAAAUACUGGUAUUGCUGUCUUUUAUAGAUUGAAUUUCAACAAUUUUCGUUAGUAACAAAAUAAAAUAUUGAACUAAAUCAUAUGUAGGAUGGCCGUCCUCCAUGUAUUGUUUAUUUAGCAUUCUGACUAGUUAACUUGAAAUAUAGAAGUGACUUUGCUCAGUAAAUUCAUUGACAAUUGCAUAGGUCCAUAGCUGGUCGGAAUUAUUCCUUUAAAAAACAGGCAUGUGGAUUCUGCUAGUUUAACACAUUUUUGAUUCACUUUUGUGAGGUUGAAUUGUACGAGGAUAGUCCUAACUUUUGACUUUAAAGUCAAUUUCAUCAUUAAUCAUAAUAAGUAUGAUUCAAGUAUGAAUCCAGUAUUGCUUGGUGAUGUUUUUAUCUUUUGCAUGACUCUUUUAUAAUGCAGUUUUUGUUUUUAUUAUCACAGCGUAGUUAUUGAGUAUAGAUUGUAAAAGUGAAAAAUGAAUACUGUGAUUCGAUCGCACUGGUUAAACCUGCAGAAAUGUGGAACAAAUUAUUCAAAUAAUUUAACCAAAAGACUAUUGAAUUCACAAAACCAAAAGACAUCAAGUCAAAGUCAUGAAGUAUAUUGCAUGGAACUUGUGAGAAAGAGGGAUUGGGAAGGUUAUAUAGCAUCACUUCUGCUUCCAAAAUCAUCAAGGAGAUCCGUGUUUGCGAUUCGAGCUUUCAACUCAGAACUUUCACAGAUCGGUGGUUCAGUAUCGGAAGUAGCUAUCGGACACAUGAGACUGCAUUUCUGGAAACAAUGCUUAGAAUCAGUUUAUGAUGGGAAACCACCAGAGUCUCCUGUAGCACUUGAACUACACAGAGCAAUCACAGCUCAUAAUCUUUCAAAAAUAUGGAUGAAACGAAUGAUAGAAGCAAGAGAAGACUACAUUGAGGGUCAAGGAUUUAAAAGUAUUCGAGAAUUAGAAGAUUAUGCUGACAACACUUCCACUGCUCAACUUUGUCUAACAUUACAAUGCUUAGGUAUUGAAGAUGUUAACAGCGAUCAUGUAGCGAGUCACAUUGGUAAAGCGCAAGGUAUUAUAACCACCAUCAGAUCUACACCAUAUCAUGCUGCCAGAAGAAAAGUUCAAUUACCGACAGAAUUUUUAUCAAAACAUUUAGUCUCACAAGAACAAAUUUUUCGAGGGAGUGAGGAACAAAAUGUUCGAGAUUUAAUUUAUGAUCUCGCAAGCCAGGCUCAUAUCCACCUUCAACAUGCACGAGAUAUUGCUAUAAAAAUCCCAAGGAAAGCAAAAAUUGCUUUUUUAAAUACAGCCUCUAUGGACUGGUAUCUGGAACGUUUGAGACUGGGAGAUUUUAAUGUUUUUCAUCCACAUCUACAGCGACGCAAUGAUAAAUUACCGUUUACUGUUUUUUGUAAAUUUGUGUUGAAAAAAUUUUGAGAAAGUUUUCAUAUCUUGAAAUA